CCUUGCUUGAGCAUGGCAUUUGAAAAAACAUUGGAAGGAUUUUCCAUGAGUAAGAAAAAAGGUUAGCGCUUUGUUACUUUUACCAACUGUGCGUUUUGUGCGACGUUUGGGAACGGAGUCAAAGGCAUGGACAGCGGGGAUUUAUCUCCUCUGGGUGGACUGGAAGGUUCGGACCAAACAUGCGGGAUGUGCAACGACAAUUUCAAGCAGCCUCGAGUCCUGGCAUGCCUCCAUAUUUACUGCGAGGGCUGCCUGGAAUCCUGCUUGGACGAAAAGUCAGGAGGUUCUAAGGAUUACUCUAACAUGACGCUCGAGUGCCCCGACUGCGGCUACGAAACUAAGCUGAGGGGCAAGAGCCUGGAGGCCAGCUGCCCGCUGGAGCACGUGCUGGUGAACCAGCUGGACCGGGCGGCCCUGGAGACACUCAGCAUGGUGUGCACCUCGUGCAAGGCGAAGGAGACGGCGGUGGCCCGCUGCUCGGACUGCGCCUCCUUCCUGUGCAACAACUGCGUGACGGCCCACCGCUACAUGCGCUGCUUCGAGAGCCACGAGGUGCUCACCUUCGACGAGCUGGGUGGGGCCCCUGGGCCGGACCAGAUGGGCCACAGGCCGCUGGGCUGCCCCCUGCACGCCGGCGAGAUGCUCAAGCACUACUGCCACACCUGCCAGGUGCCCAUCUGCAACGAGUGCACGCUGGGCGACCACAAGCAGCCGGACCACCGCUGGGAGAGGGCGUCGGAGGCCGGCCCCGGCCAGCGGACGGAGCUGGAGGCCAGGGCGGCCGAGGGCCGCUGCCAGGUGCGCGCCUGCGAGGACUCGGUGGAGCGGAUGAGCGAGGGGCUGCAGGAGCUCCAGACCCAGCGGGACACCGCCAAGGCGCAGAUCCAGGAGGCAUUUGAGGGCUUCAGGGCAGCCUUGGAGAGGCGGCAGGAACAGCUGCUCGAGGAGCUGGAAAAGCUGCACUCGGAGGAGGAGCUGCGCAUCAUGGAUGCCAUGCACGCCGCCGAGAAGACGACGGAGCGCAUCGAAGAGGCGUGCCGCUUUACGGACCGCCUUCUCGAACACGCCAACACCCUCGAGAUGCUCUCUAUGAAAAAGUUGGUGAGCUCGCGCCUGCAAGAGCUCAUCUCGGCAGCCCCGCGGCCCGACGUGCUCACCGACCUGUGCUUCGACUCGGACGCAGACCAGUUUGAGUCUGAGCUGGUCAAGAUCUGCGGGCACCUGCGCCACCCCCGUUCUUGCCCGUCCCCCCCUCCUCCCCCUGCCCCGCCCUGCCCCCCUUCCCCCUCUCCCACCCCGCCCUCCUCGGCCUCCCCCCUGGGCAAUCACAACCACAACUUCGACGGCCACAACCACGUGGCCGGCAGCAGCAACCUGUCUUCCUCGCCGGUGCACUCCGCCUGUUCUUCCCUAGGGGGCACCGGGCCGGGGAACAUGUCCCCGCUGCACUCUGCCUCCUCUUCCCUAGGGGCCGGGGGUAACAUGUCUCCGCUGCACUCUGCCUCUUCUCUUGGUGCCGGGUCCUUGGGGGCCGGGGGCAACCUGUCUCCCCCGCUGCACUCUGCGGCCUCGUCCCUGGACGAGAGCCCCGGGGACCCCUUCUCCCUGCCGGCGCCCCUGGAGGUGGGCCUGCUGGCCAACAAUGCAGUAGCCCAGUACAACCUGGCGCGCCUGGCCGGCAUGGCGGGGCACGACGGGGACGACGGUUCGCCUGGCGACGGCGUGGUCAACAUGGCGGACCUGCUGAUGGAGGCCACGCUGGCGGGGGCUGCGGGAGCCGCGGCCGCGGCGGCUACUGCCGAGCAGAACGUCCUGAACAACCUGACGGCGCUCGCCAAGCUAGGCUCGGUGUCCCUGAACAACUCCGGCCAGAUCAUGGUGAACGGCCAGGUGGUGCCAGGCCUGACGCUAGACAAUACGGCGACGCCGCCGCCCCUGCUGCCGCCGGCGGGGCGCCCCGGCAGCGGCCUGUCGUCCCACCUGCUGGACUCCCUGAUGCUCAACGGGGGCGGGGCCUCCGCAGGCUCCACCCUCUCCCCCCGGUCCUCCUCAAGAGGCUCUCCCCUAUUGGACGGCCUCGCAAACGGGGGUGGGAUCUUGGGCGGAGGGGUGGGCCGCAUCCCCAUCCUGGCGGCGGGCAGCGGUCUCGUGUCUCCGUCGCUGUCGGUGCAGCCCGGGUACGUUCCUCCGCCGCGAGGGUCUGGCGCCAAGUUGAGCACGAUGCAGAUCAGGUGCAAGUUUGGGCAGCUGGGCCCCAGCAAGGGCCAGUUCAGCUCGCCCCACGGCUUCUGCCUGGGCCUGGACGAGGAGAUCAUAGUGGCGGACACCAACAACCACCGCAUCCAGGUCUUCGACAAGUCCGGGGAGUUCAAGUACACCUUUGGGGUGGCCGGCAAGGAGGAGGGACAGCUCUGGUACCCCCGCAAGGUGGCGGUGAUCAAGAGCACGGGGAAGUAUGUGAUCUGCGACCGGGGCAACGAGCGGUCACGCAUGCAGAUCUUCACCAAGGGGGGCCACUUCAUCAAGAAGAUUGCCAUCCGCUACAUUGACAUAGUGGCCGGCCUGGCCAUCACAGCCGAGAACAAGAUAGUGGCCGUGGACAGUGUGUCCCCGACGGUGUUUGUCAUCUCGGAGGCCGGGGAGCUGCUGCUCUGGUUUGACUGCAGCGAGUACAUGCGGGAGCCCUCGGACAUUGCCAUCAGCGGCCGCGAGUACUACAUCUGCGACUUCAAGGGCCACUGCGUGAUUGUGUUCAGCGAGGAGGGCCACUACCUGCGCAAGAUUGGCUGUGACGGGGUGACCAACUUCCCCAACGGCAUCGACAUCAGCGACGCCGGGGACGUCCUGGUGGGGGACAGCCACGGCAACCGCUUCCACGUGGUGGUGUUCUCCCGGGAAGGGUCGCUCCUCUCGGAGUUUGAGUGCCCGUACGUCAAGGUGAGCCGCUGCUGCGGCCUCAAGAUCACCUCGGAGGGCUACGUGGUCACCCUGGCCAAGAACAACCACCACGUGCUUGUGCUCAACACCCUCUACAUCGUCUGAUGGACAGACUGGCACGACGGUCCUCUCUCUUUGGGACGGGAAGGUUUGUCUGCUCGACGGGGACGUCUCUUUCACCCUCUCCACCUGCAUUGUGUGUUGGGCUUUGUUUUGGGAGGGAGCUAAUCCCUUUUUUAGUUUUGUCUCCUUUUGUGAAGGGAAACCCUUUGUUUUUUCUCGGGCCAUUGUCUUUGUUGAGUUGCAUUUGCGGGCUCGGGGGCCGGACGCCCACGCUUUGCGACCCUUUUGGUCUUUGCGACGUUGCUUCCCUAGUGCCUUAAACAGUGCCGGUGUUCUCGCGGCUCCAGCGUCGGGCUGGAUUGGUUGCUUCGGGGGAGGGGGUCGACUUGCCGCCCCUCUUCAUCCCCCUCGAGUUCAUUCCUUUUUUUGUGUCGCCCGCCGAGUGGAGGGGACGGGCGUUGGCGCAUGUUCGGCGUUUCCAUUUUUUUUUUAACUCUCUUGCUAGGAGUCCCAAAGAUUUCCCAUCUUGUUUGGCUUUUUUUUUUUUUUUCUUGGUUUGGUGAGCAGUCGGUGCUGCCAUCUGCGCACGAGACAGGUUGUUCUUUCCAAUCUCAUUGUUUUUUUUUAUUCUUUUCAUCUUGCCCGUUUGUUAACUGCACGCGGCCGUAAGGAGACACGAAGUCUAACUGUGAUAUUCUGGGUAUUUGUUUCCUCCAGUUCUUUUGCUCCUCCCUUCUUUCUUCCUCUCACUUUCCCCGCAGCGUAGUUGCGAAAUCUCGAGCCCAUGUGAGGGGCCGUUCCGUCGCUUUUUUUCCGAGCUUGCGCUCCUUCCCCGCCCUUUCCUCACGUUUUACUCCGGGACUAAGCAUAGUUCUUGACGGAGUGAGGUUUUGGUGGAAACUGAUACGAGUCUUGUAACACCGCUUCAGUACAAAACUGUUUCCCCCUCCCCCUUCCUUGUUUUUUUUUUCCUACGGUUGCUAAGUCGGCAAGCGUGCGAGACUAUUCCCCCUCCGUUCGUUUAGUGAGUUUGCAAAAGCGACUACUACUUAUAUUUCAGUUACUCUUCUUGGUCACUCUACAUUAUCAUCGCUGCUGUCCCCCCCCCCCCCCCCCCAUUUUCUUGCCUUGUCUGUCUGUUCUGGUUCGGGGAAUGUUGAACAGACCAGGCUGCCCCGUAACGUAUCCUACCGAAAAGCGUACUCAACGGUGCCGCAACAUUUUUUCUCCCGUUCUCCGUAUUUUCUUUUCCCCCCUCGCGAUUAUUUUGUUGAAGUACCGCAGCAAUGGCAGUUUCGCUACCUAGGAUGACGUUUGUUUUGUGGAUCUGCCAUCCUUGCAUCUUGUUGUUCUUUAAAGCACCGAUUCAUCGAUUAACAAAAUUCCCCUCUCCCUUGCACCCCUCCUAUUAGGAGAGCAGCUUUCUGCAACGCUUGGUAGUUUCCCAAGUGCAGACACGGAUGUGUCCUAUUGCAUGCUUUAGGAGAAUUUAAAAAAGAAUAUAUAUAUAUACAUACAUAUAUAUAUUAUAUACCCUUCGUGCCUAGUCCUUUUUACCGUGCUUUAGUGUUUUUUUUUUAUAUACAUAUAUAUAUAUUAUAUAUAUACACAUAGACAAAACGUGCCAUUUGGGACCGCGUGUCCCGUUCUCUUUCGAUGCAGACGAUGUUGGAAAGUAUAUUGUGUAUCCAUAAUGGCUACGUACGAGGCAUGCUACAGUGCGGGUUGGUCUAGCCGUAGUGUCACACAAGCUGCUGCUUUCCCCCUCUCUCUCUCUCUCUUUUCUACCUCCUCCUGUUUUUCAGCCAAAACGCUCAAAAUGAUUGUGUCUCCUUACGGCUGCAUCUUAGUUGUUUUCUGUUUUUUUUGGAAGAACUGGUCUUGCGUGCCAAAAUGCAUCCCGUUUCCAUUUUAUGUGUCACAGACGUGUUUGUUUGAAUGUUGGAAAUGUUAUCUGGUUUGUUUUACCUUGGACUGCGUAUACGUGUUUGUAGUGCUCCAAUGUGUUUUGUUGUCGUGUUUUUCCUUUUAUUUUUUUCACUUUGUGGAGGGGGUGAAAGAAGUUGCGCGACGUUGGGACAGAAAGGACUCUGCUUACGAUUGUGCGAGCAAUGACUGACGAAACGUCCGGUCGCGUCUGCGCGACCAGUUGCCAACCGCUUUUCGGGUUAGUAGUCUGUUAGGGAAGGAAACAAUAACUGAAAGGGGUUUUUUUUUCUCGAUGAAUUCCCGCUUUGCCCCCGUUAAAGUCCUGUUCUCCGUUUUUUUUUUCCUUUUUAAGUGUGUGCACUUGCACAUUACCUGAUGUGUAAAUAUUUACACGUACCUCAAUUUACACCCAUUACAAUUAUUGCUUAUUAGUAGUGUCGAUUCCUUGCACGUUCAUGGUGGCUGGGUGCCAUGGCUUUUUUUUUUUUUUCCCCUCGUUGCAUUCUUCUAUUUGUGUUUAUUUUUAUUGUUUUUGAUUUUACACUCGAGUGAGCUAGCUUGUGGGUUGGUGUGUGUACGUUCCUUGUGUGUGUGGUGCUUUUUUGUUUUUUUAGUUAUGUCUUUUUUUUUAAACUUCGAAACCCGUGUUGCCACUAGUUCUUAACUGUGGUGGCUUCACAUAAAAAAAAAAAAAAAGUAAAACAAAUGCGGAGGCAGGAAACAAAUUGACAAAAGCUAAAGGAAGGCCUCUUCUCCGAAUGACGACAAAUGAUGACAUUCCACUCCCAGCCGGCUUUUUAGGGCAGUUUAUUAUCGCGGCAACAACCACCGUCAUUUCCUUUUUACGUCGGAGUCAUCCCCUCUUGUUUUAGACAGCACCUCUCCUCGUCGUGAAACAGAAAAAGGGGACGUUUUGUUUUUGCUCGUUUCAUACUUCUGCCAUACUAACGCGUAGUGAGUAUAUCGGAGGCAGUGAAAUCCAUUGAAUGCAGUGUUCAUUUUUUUUUUUUACCCUCUCCUUUCCCUCUUUUUGACAAGUGUGUACAUAUUUCUAGUCAGAACAUGAUGAAAGUUCUUUCUUUUUUUUUUUUUCGUGGUCAGUGUGAGCGAGCUUAUCAAGACUAAAGUGUGUUUGGAUUUUUUUUUUACUGGCUUUUGUUUUUUUGAAAGCCGUCGGCGAAGUGUUUUUUUUCCCCCUUUUCCCUCCGUUUAAGAAGUCGGCACGUUUGCCGGCCCUGUCUUUACAAUCACUUUGGGUUGCUUAAUUAAAAGCGGGACGUGGCAUGUGCCACGGGCUUGGAAGAGGAGCGACGGAUGUUUAUUCCUGCGGUGGCGUUUUUGUCUCCGUCUUUGUGCGGGACGGCGUGUUGCCCUCCGGGAAUGAGGCAGCUACUGGCCGCUUUUCAGACACUUGUCCCACCUUCCCUAUCGAGCCUCCCGGGGUGGUCAAAUGUCUGGUGGGCACUGGUCAACUUCGUGGCACAAUUGUCGGCUGUGUUAGUAGAAGGCAACGUUUCUCUACCUUGGCACGUCGGUGUUUGUUCUUUAUUUCUUGGUUUCCCGCUACGUUGCGUUUCCGCACGUGUGUAAGUGCGUCAUUCGCUUGUUUUACAAAUCGCCGUGACAAGAACUGUGACACUCAUUUAUUUCGCUCUAUAUUUUUGUCAUUUUUUAGGCAGGAAGUCCCGACUAACAAGCGUUUAUUUGCACGUAGUCUGCCAUUAUUAUUAUUAUUAUACAUACGAAUAUUAUAUUAUACAUUAUUUGGGGGUUGGGGGGAAGGGACUAGUAUUGUUCUGUUUAUGGCGUUUUUUUUCCAGGGUACUUUGACUGUUGUAGCAUUUGCGUCUUUCAGAGUGGAUACGAAAUGCGCCGAGAAGUGAAAGAAGGUGUAGUGCUUUUUCCCCCCACCCCACUCAUCUACUUGAAACUGUCGAUGAGAUUUCUUUUUUCUUUACAAAUCCUGCAGUUGCAGUUUUUAGUCCCUUGUUUUACUUUAAUUUCGCAUCUCCAUCCGUUUUUUUAAUUAAUUUUUUUUUUUGUGGCAAGUAGCUUACUGUGUUGCACUGCUUUACAGUUUUUGAAAUUCCUUAUGGUUUCAAUUGUUUUUUUUUCUCAUUAUUUUUAAGAGAGUUUUACGGAAGAAUUCUUCUCCCUCCAUACUGCUUUGUUCCGAUAAGGUUUUAUGUUGUUUUCUAGUGCCAGCACGCGCAAGGUGUCUGCGCGUUCCAAACUCCGUAUACAUACCUAUCUAUAUACACAUUGUACAUGAAGACUAUGCACAGUACCCUCGCAUUUUUUUUACGAGACUAUUUUUCUUCCAACUUGUCGUCCGGAACCUUUUUGUUGAGGCACGAAGGUCGCUUCGUGAACACGCCGCAACAAGAAUGUUUCCGGAGUCCUGUCACGUUUGCAGGGUUAUAUUUUCUUCAAAUUUUCAGUUUUGUUUUUAAUAAGAUGGUUGCACAUCUAUUGCUUACAGUGCUGUGUUCUUGCAGCUUCCACUACCAGACUAGUCCAUUUAUGUUAUCACCAAGAUUAAAAAGUAAAAAGAAAAAAAAAAUUCCUUUGUAUCGAGAAGACGGUGGAGUGAGAUUUAGGGGAAAGGGAAAUUGCGUAGUGUGCGCAUCCUUUUUUUUUUUCUCUACAUAGCCCAGCACGGUGCACGUUAACAUUGUUCCAUGUGAAGUGGAUGAUGUCUAGAAGCAGUAUGCAGUGUGUUGGGUGUUUUUUUUUUCUCUUCGGAAUAACCGCACCUUGAACAAGAAGCUAGUAUGUGUAUGUAUAACGAAGACGAGAGAGUCAUUUUUGCUUCAAAGUUUUUAUUAUUUUUUUCCCUCUCUGCCAUCUACGGUUUCUCUCUUAAUCUAUGCAAAGAAAAAAAAAGUGUUUUUUUUUGUGCAGGCUUGCAACUGGCGUUGGCCCUUUAGCUGCAGUUUUUUCUGCCCCUCUGCAAAGACGGCUUAGUCGCACGAGGCGCAUCACUCAAAUAAUUUCUCAGCAAUAAGGAAAGUGGCAUGCACCUAGUGGUAGACAUUGGGAUGUUGAGUUCACUGCACUUAACCCCCCGUCGUUUCUUGUUUUGAUAUGUAUAUAUAUGUACACGUAGCUAGCUUUGUUCGGCCGCUCGGAAAAUAUGCAGAGGCCGCGUGUAGGGUUGUAAAGCGUUUUCUCUCGACAGGUAGUCGGGGUGCUGUCGUCUUGGCUCUCUUGUUUGCACGCUGACCAUUGCAGGCAAGUUGGUUGGCCUGCGUUGAUGACAUGCGAUCUGUUGCUGCAGUCACCAGCUUUCUACUUUUUAUGGAGAGAGUUCCGUAUCGAGUUUUUCUGAGCAGUUUUUAGUGUUUUUUAUGUUUGUCCAGGUUUUUUUAGUGUUUUUUUUUUGGUUCACUUAUGCUUGCCAUUUGAUAUUUGGUCGCUUUUUUUGCAGCGUAGGAAGGUAUACAUAUAUGCAUAAAUAUAUUUGCGAGGAUUCAGUGUGAAGCUUCGGAGGGCCAACGCUGUUGCAAGUCGUGUCAUGCGCUAGUUUUGACAGCGAUGAUGGAGUGUUUUAAAAAUGCAAAAAACAAAAAAAAAAAAAAGAAAAGAAAUAGAACAGAUAAAGCAGAGAAAAAAAAUAAGCGAGUUAUUUUUUUCUCCCUCUUUUCGGUCCCCCAAUGUUUCUGUGGUUUACACUUUUGAGACGUUUAAUGUUUAUGUAUUUUACACGGGCACUGAUAUAUUUUUGGUGCUGUUUUACAAAUGGCAAGAAUUUAAAAAGUGGUAAAAAAAAACAAAAAAAAAAAAGUGUGUGGUUCGUCGAAGUUGUAUGAACCGCUGGAGUGUUACUACUACUACUACUGGGUGUGCGAGCAAGAGAGAGAGAGAGAAAAAAAAAAAAGAAGUACUGGAGUGACAAAGCGAGAGAGAGCAGCCAUCUUUUUUGCCAUCCAAGUUGGAACUUGUUGAGAUUUCACGUUGGCUUUCUAUACCAGAGGCUGUUCAUUAGUGGAGCGAAGAUGAAGAUACAGUUGAAAUAUAUAUACAUACAUAUAUAUAUAUAUAUGUUGGUACAAAGCAGUUUUUUGGUGUCUCAGUUGCUUGGUUCUGAGCAGAGCUUGAAACACUAUUUGUGCGAGCCACUGGCUGAACCGAGCGGCCGAGGUAUUCACAGUUAUAUUGCAUUUACUUGUACUAUUUUUGGAACGCAGUUAAAUGGAGAUGAUUUGUAACAAUGUUUCACGUUAAUUCCAAUAAAAAGGCAGUUGCAACCGUU